GUGGGCGGCGAGCAGGGUAGGUUGCGCGGCGGGGGGAAGGAGACGCUGCCCUUCUGCCGCGAUGGAGCGCGGGCUCUCCGAAGGGAGUACCGAGCCGAAGUGGAAUUCCGGGAGCACCAGCAGGCGCCAGCGGACACGCACCCCGGGUCGGCGGAGAGUCCGGCGGAGCCGUUCCCAGCGUGGGGCCUGAGUUCCCGCGACGGCUCGCUCACGGCCGGAGGGGCCCAGGGAUGGCUUUCCGAAGAACCGAGGGAAUGUCCAUGAUCCAAGCUCUGGCCAUGACGGUGGCGGAGAUCCCCGUGUUCCUCUACACGACCUUCGGACAGUCCGUCUUUUCCCAGCUGCGGCUGUCCCCGGGCCUGCGGAAGGUGCUGUUCGCCACGGCCCUCGGCACGGUGGCCCUGGCCCUGGCCGCUCACCAGCUGAAGCGACGGCCACGGAAGAAGCCGGUCGGCCCAGAGAAGGGAGGCGCGAAGGCGGGGACCGUCCCCGUCCCCAUCCUCCUGGCCAGGAGGGCCCCCUCGGUGAAGAAAGGCUACCCGGGUCGAAGGGUCCAGAGUCCCGGCAGCAAGAGCAACGACACGCUGAGCGGCAUAUCGUCCAUCGAGCCCAGCAAGCGCUCGGGCUCCUCCCACAGCGUGGCCUCGAUGGUGGCCGUGAACUCCUCCAGCCCAACAGCAGCUUCCUCGGGGCCCUGGGAUGCCAGAGUGGCGGAAGAGUCUGGGGCCUUGGGGGAUGCCAAGGCAGAGAAUCUCUACAUUCAAGGAAUGGAGCUGUUCGAGGAAGCCCUGCAGAAGUGGGAGCAGGCCCUGAGCAUUGGGCAGAGAGGAGACAGCAGCAGCACCCCGAACCCUUGGGACAAUCUCAGGAGCCAAGAGACCGUCUCGGAGAUCCUGUCUGAGCCAGAGUCCCAGAAAAAGGAGUUUGCUGAGAAGCUGGAGUCUCUGCUGCACCGAGCUUAUCACCUCCAGGAAGAAUUUGGUUCCACGCUGCCGGCAGACAGCAUGCUGCUGGACCUGGAGAGAACGCUCUUGCUGCCGUUGACGGAGGGCUCGCUGAAUCUGCGCGUGGAUGACGAAGACAGCCUGGCCUCCGAGGACUCUUUCUUCUCUGCCACCGAGCUCCUGGAUUGCCUGCAGAGCGGAGAUCUCCCGUACCAGUUGUCCAGGCCGGCGGCGGCCUACGAGGAGGCCUUACAACUGGUCAGGGAAGGGAAGGUGACCUGCCGCACCCUCAGGACUGAGCUCCUGGGCUGCUACAGCGAUCAGGACUUCCUGGCCAAGCUGCACUGCGUCAGACAGGCCUUCCAGGGCCUCCUACAGGACGAGAACAACCAGCUCUUUUUUGGGGAGGUUGGGAAGAAGAUGGUGACGGGACUGAUGACAAAAGCUGAGAAGAACCCCAAGGGCUUCCUGGAGAGCUAUGAGGAGAUGCUGAGCUACGCCCUGAGGCAAGAGACUUGGCCCACUACCCAACUGGAGCUGGAAGGACGAGGGGUGGUGUGCAUGAGCUUCUUUGACAUCGUCCUGGACUUCAUCCUCAUGGAUGCCUUCGAGGAUCUGGAGAACCCACCGUCGUCCGUGCUUGCCGUCCUGCGCAACCGCUGGCUGUCCGACAGCUUCAAGGAGACGGCCCUGGCCACUGCCUGCUGGUCCGUCCUGAAAGCCAAGAGGAGGCUCCUGUUGGUGCCCGAUGGCUUCAUCGCCCAUUUCUACUCCGUAUCGGAGCACGUUAGCCCCAUCCUCGCCUUUGGCUUCCUGGGGCCCAGGCCGCAGCUGUCCGAGGUCUGCAGCUUCUUCAAGCACCAGAUCGUGCACUACCUGAAGGACAUGUUUGACCUGGACAACGUGCGCUACACCACAGUGCAGGCGUUGGCGGAUGACAUCCUGCAGCUGUCGCGGCGGCGCAGCGAGAUCCUGCUGGGCUUCCUGGGGACGGAGCCCGGGCGGGAGAUGAACGGGACGCUGCCCGGAGAGAACGGGCUGGUGGAGGAGCUCCUCUAGCCACCCCACCCAGCGGAAGCAGGAGGACCGGCUCCCCUUCUUCGUUUCCGGAGUGGGGCGAGAGGGGCGCACCGCCCCUCUCCCCGGGGACCCCCACGGGGCCGGCUUCCGCCCCGGCCGGGGGUCCGGACGCUCCUCUCGUUGGUAAGGUGGGGGCGGCUCAGACCGGGUGACUGUCUCUCCUUUUUCUCUUUGGUCGUAACCCAAGACCACACUCCAGAAGAACCAGCAGCGAUCCCCUUCCCCCUCUUCUUAGGGCACCUGGGGCUGGUAGGGACCGACCUCCUCGAAAACGGUACCUGGGGGCGCCCUGGAAGCCCCCCCCAGACCGUAAGCUCGUUGCGGACGGGGAACCUGACUGUUUAUCGUUGUACUCUCCCAAGUGCUCUGCACGCAGCAAGCGCUCAGUAAAUACGGUUGACUGACGGACAGACCCGCUCAGGCAGUCAAGUCCGGGCGUUGGGUCUGCGUCAGGUGAGAGGGGAAGGAAGGGAGCCAUUUCAGAGGGUGGGGCGGAAGCCGUCGAAGCGGGAGUCGAAGGAGUGAGGACCUUCAUCUGCCUCGCCCCCUUGGGGGGAGCUGUGGUGUUUGGGGGUGCCACGGGAGGACAGAGGAACAACCUCUCUUCCCAAGUCGAGCCCGAGCCAGGGAAAGGCCACCUGGAGGGUUGGGGGAGAGGAUGAGGCUACUGAUGGCCUUGCGCAUGCAGUGUAGGGACGGCAAGAGGCCGUUGCUGCUCUUUGAGAUGUAACGGGGCAGGAGGAACCGGCCAGGCCUGGUGGGGGACUGAGGAAGGAGAGUGGGAAAUGAAGGGUGAGUGGAAAGUGGUCUCGAAAUGCAUCUGUUGAGUUACUGAGGGGAAAAUCAGGGAAGAGGGGAGGAGCUCCUGGUUCAACAGGCUUCUUGCCCAGAGUAGGUGGGGAUUGACCAGGGCACUGCACCGGGGAGAAGAUGGCAGUAAAGCAGGCUGCGUGGACCCCCGUGGGCACCCGCAGACAUCUCGGAGUUGAAUGUUUUGGAUGCCACCGAGGGUCCUGACAAGCCAGAGCCAAACCGUGCGACUCCCUCUGCCCAGAUCACCUGAUAGAUUCCCGGGUCACCCUCGCAAGAAGGGAUCCCACUCCGGCAUUCUUUCCGGCAAGAAAUAGAUGCCAUCUGGGCCCGGAGGGGAACGUUCCCCAGGGCUCCCGGCUCUCCGGAACCGACCGCGGCAACAGGAAUGGUGCCUGCUUGGGGUGAAGCUAGAGGAGAGAAGGGAGAGACGUCGGGGCAAGGGUCCUCUGUCUGGGCGUGAAGGGGGAGUCGGAGUGAGCGAUUUCUGCUGGCUGGUGGGCCUGGGUCUCCUGAGUUGGGACAUCAGCCUGCUGGAAGGAUGAGUUAAGUCUCUCUGGAGAAAGGGCAGCUGGCCCUGUCUCUCCCCUCUGUGGCCUGGUCUCACUCCCCUUUCACUCACAUUUAUCGAGCACCUAAAGGGCCCAGAGCAGUGGACUAAACGGGGGGCGGGGGGGGGGGGCACGGUAGAAUUAGGACGCGUGAUCUCCGGUCUCAAGGGGUUUCCCCUGGGAGAGUGCUGCGGGCCCAGAAGCCGGGACUGGGCAGGCUGGGAACUGUGGGGUGAGGGCAAGGGGCAGGUGCGAGGGGCAUACUGAUUGGAAAAAGCGAGGCCCACCAGGAGGUUCUGAGACGUGAGUCUGCAAUGAGGACUUGGGGUGAGGGGCCGCUGCUGGGAGGCAUGACUCUCCCGAUCCACAGAUCCACAGGGGCUAGGAGUGGUGUCAGGGAGAACCCCAAAAGAGGAGCCAGGAAAGAGCUAUGGCCCUCCUCAUCUGCCCUCCGUGUGGGGUUGUGGCCAACGCAACCAAGGCUCACCGCAUCUUGACUUCUUGGGUGAGGCCUGGUGGGAGCCGAGCCAGUAAUGGGAGAACAGAGGGGAUCCUGCGUACGGUCCCUCUCUCUGACCUAGGCUCGUCCAUCCGAGUGCUGCUUAAAUGUCGCCGAGGCCAUGUGGAGCUGGGGGGGUGGGGAAGGGCGGGGACGGGGGGCUGACCCUUUUGAAAGCCUUCCUUCACGGGGCCUGGCGAGCCCCUGCCGCCCCCUCCUCCCCACCCAGCUCCAAAGCCCCUCUGGCAGCCGGCCCCGGCCAGGCUGGGCAAGGGCCACGUCAUGGCUUCAGUCGGCUAGAGAGGUUGGCCUCCCUGCCUUGGGACUGGCACGACACUUUGUGGCUUUGGAAAGGACCCCUGGUCGUUUGUGCCGGGAUGUGUGACAUUGGCACCCACCAGCCGGCUCACUCUCCCUUCGUUCCCUCAUCUUCCACCAAAACUGCUUCGGACGGCCGUGACGGCUCUCGGUGGGGAUCGAAGACCAGAACGGUGCCCGAUCCAAAUUGGGACCCUUCUCCAACUUCCAGGGACCACAGCUUUCACUCCCUUUCUCCGUGAUCCACCGACGUUGGCCAUCCGGAGGGCACUUUAUUUUUAUCUGCUGAUCUGGAGAGGAGGAGCUGACCACGCUUGGUUUUGGGGGUUUUGGGUUUUUUUUUUUCAGGUUUUGAAACCCCUGAAGGGUCUCUGACUCGAGGAGGUAGCCUCAAAGGCCAUACAGCCUGGCAGACCCUCACGGCGUCACCGGCUACACCUGCUUCCCGGGGCUUUGCUGUUUUCAGAAGGGCGGAAUGAAGGGGUGCAGAGGAAGAUAAGAGAUACAGAUUUUCUGCUUUUUGGUCUCAUUUCAGUGGGGAACUUUGAAAGAAAGCAUUUCCCGUCCCUUUUUUCAUUCAGAUAAAGAGCAGAACCAAUCUUCUGGUAUCAGUAGUCAAACUCUGGAGAUCUGUAUUUGGUUAUUAGAGGCCGUGGAGCUGGCUACCCGAGAUAAGGUUGGGCUAGAGUUUCUAUAACCCACCCUUAUUUUCAAGGGGCUCUAGCUCAGCUCUUCAGCUUCAUUUUACUCACACUUUUGGCUCUUAAAAACUUGUAGCCUGGGAGGGAUUUCUUUUCAUUAUCUUGGAUGCAAGGGGAAGGGUUGGUAUGCAGGUUUUCAAGUCGAGACCACUUGAAAAAGAAAGAUUCCUGCUGGUGUGGGACAAUAAAAGGCCCAGAGCGGAAUGAGGGCAGGAGCGGGUUGGGUUUAAAUGAAAAAGAGAAAAGGAGCUGGGAUCAGUUUUACAAAUGCUAACACGCACACCUACAAUAUUGUCCCUUGUCGUUAAUUUUGCUACUCGCUCUUUGGCCGUUACAGAGUCAGUUGUCCCCAGAAUUUCUCACAACCACCCCCCUCCCCCAAUUUUAUGCUACAUUGGCCUCCCAGGGGGCCUCAUCUUGGGUCAACUGGCACCUCCUGGAAGGGAAACCGUGGGCAUUGAGGGGGAGAUAGAAGGCCACUGUCUCCUCUCCUCUGGGACAUUCCAGCUGGUGUCAGUGAAUGUAAUAUUGUGCCUGAUAAGAUUUUUUCCUCCCCUCCUAUCUUCCACUCUCUUGUAACUCACGCAGAUGUCAUUUUUCAUUCCUCCUUUUUUACACAUCCAUGCACUGCCUCUGACUGAUUUGCAGCUUAAAUGUUUUUCUGUUACACUGUGUGCAUCAACUGCAAGUCAAAUAAAAUAAAAACAAUUUUCUUCUGUGUCAGCCUGA